GGACCGAAUGAAGGAAGUCGCAGCCCAUGUUUGGAAAUGUUCUCCCAGGGGCGCAGUCAGCCGGACAGCCCACAGCGUUGAUCGCACACGGGAAGAGACUGCUCUCGGACACGGACCACAGUGACACUGUGAACAACCAUUCAACACAGCUAUGGCUCAGGCGAAAAUACAGGCGAAAAUGAGCGAGGGUGCCUGCGCUAAGUUCAGCAGGACGCUGUCAAUGGCAGAUCGCUCCGGACGACUCCUGGAAAGUUUGGAUCAGCUGGAAAUGAGGGUGGAGGCUUUACGAGAAGCAGCAUCGGCCAUGGAGCAGGAAAGGGAGUGCAUCCUGGAAAUGAUCCAGUCCAUACAGAACGGACAAGAAAUGCGCAACAUCUGUGCCGGAGAGAGAGAAGAGUUAGAAUUAACUGCAAACCGUCUGAUGGGCCGUACGCUGUGUGUGGAGGUCUCUGUUGGCACAAUCAGAAACCCCCAGCAGGAGGACGCGCUGCGCAAAGCCACAUCCAUUAUCGAUGAAAUGGUGAAAAAGUUACUGGAUGACAUGAACAGCGGCCGGGAGCGGCUGCUGGCCUUGCACGCGGCCUGUGUGACCGAGGCCCCGCCCGUCCCCAUCGACCACAAGUUUCAGGCCUUAGUGAUCAGCUGUGCUCUGGAGGACCAGAAGAAGAUCAAGCGGAGGCUGGAGAUGUUGUUGAGGAAUGUUGAAAAUGCUGAGAAGAACAUCAAGAUUAUGGAUCACCAAAAACUGGACGACCCCAAAGCCAAUGGCUGUCAAUAAGACACCAAAGUAUAAAAUAUCUUUAAUGCCACUAACCUCACCAAGAACUGUUAUAAUACUGUUCUAACUUUUAGAAAGAGCUAUAUGUAGCAGUCCUUACAGUGAUACUGAACCUUAGGGCCAAAAAUACAGUAAAGCAAAGCAGGGUUUUACAGUGAUUUCUAAGCAUAAUCAAGUUUUACCUUUCAAAUUGUCAUAUACGUUGACCUCCUUACUAUGGAUUGUCUAAUGUGUAUACCCAGUACACAAUGUGUGUUCACAUAUGCUCUUAAGUAAGACAGAAAAAGAUACAAUGGCCUAGUGCUCCAUUGGACGUUUGAUCAGUUUAUUGGAAGAUCAGUGCUUGACAGACAAUGAGUCCGAUGUUGAAGUAUCGUUUGUCUGUUUCCUUGUCUCACUUUUUGGAUCCGGCACACGGUAGGGAUUUUAGCUGUGCACACACUACCUCUUUGUGUGAAGGCAACACAAAUCACAUUAAGCUGUGGAUUUUAGUUCAUAUUUGCACAAAGCUGUUUUUAUGUCAGAUUAUGUGCUCACAAGUCAAUAAAAGAAAACACAUUGUCUAAUAA